CAAGAGCAGGAAAUUCUCUCCACGUCCAAAGAUGGGAAAGAAGAAAUUCACUGGAUUAGAAAUCUCCCUGAUGACUUUCUUCCUUUUGCUACUCAUCGUAACCAUCGCUUUGAUUGCACUUCUAGCAACGGGUUAUUCUGGUCUUAAAGCCUUUUCACCUACUUGUCCAGUUAUUCCUCUUCCUGAAAGAAUAGAUUGCAUCCCGGAUCAAGUGGCAACAAAGGAUCUGUGUGUACUCCGUGGCUGUUGUUGGGAUCCUCAGAAUGAAACACAUGUACCUUGGUGCUACUUUUCAAAAAAUCAUGGGUACCAAAUUCAAGGAAGAAUGUCAGACACAAAUCCAGGAUUUGAAGCUACUCUAAUAAGACUACCUUCUCCAUCCCUAUUUGGAAAUGAUAUUGAAAAGCUUCACCUCACUGCAGAAUAUCAAACAGCAAACCGAUUUCAUUUUAAGAUUACAGAUCCUGCCAACAAAGAUAGAUAUGAAGUCCCACAUGAAAACGUUCAACCUUUUCAGGGAUCUAAAGCAACCAAUUUAAUGUAUCGAGUAGAAGUCACAGAAAAUCCUUUUGGAAUCAGUGUGAUCAGGAAUAGCAAUAAUAAAGUUCUCUUCAACACCAGUAUAGGACCUCUGAUAUAUGCUGACCAGUUCUUGCAGCUUUCCAUUAGAGUGCCUAGCUGGAAUGUUUAUGGGGUAGGAGAACAUGUACAUCGACAAUAUCGGCAUGAUUUUAAUUGGAAAACAUGGCCUAUUUUUACCCGAGAUGCUUUUCCUAAUGGGGAUAUGAGCAACCUGUAUGGUGCUCAAACUUUCUUCUUAUGUCUGGAAGAUAAGAGUGGACAUUCAUUCGGGGUGUUCCUUAUGAACAGUAAUGCCAUGGAUUUUGCUCUUCAACCUGCUCCUGCUGUAACAUACAGAACAAUUGGUGGAAUUUUAGAUUUUUACGUCUUUUUAGGAAAUACUCCAGAACAAGUAGUACAAGAAUAUCUAUUGUUGAUAGGACUUCCAUGGAUGCCUUCCUAUUGGAAUCUUGGCUUCCAUAUCUGUCGAUGGAAUUACACUGAUCUUAAUGAUGUGAAAGCUGUAGUAGAAAGGAAUCGAGCAGCUGGAAUACCUUAUGAUGUUCAAUAUACUGAUAUUGACUACAUGGAAGAUAAGAAAGAUUUUACUUAUGACAAGAUAAAUUUUGCAGGCCUCCCUGAAUUUGUCCAAGACCUUCAUGACCAUGGACAGAAAUAUGUCAUCAUACUGGAUCCAGCCAUUUCUGUCAAUAAUCUCAUGAACAAUACCCCUUAUGAAGCCUAUCAACGUGGUGAACAGAUGAAAGUGUGGAUAAAUGAAUCAGAUGGAAUAAGCCCUCUUAUUGGGGAAGUGUGGCCAGGAACGACUGUCUUCCCUGAUUUUUCUAGUCCUGAAGCUGUUCAGUGGUGGGCUAGUGAGUGCAACCGUUUUCACAAAACGAUCCAUUUUGAUGGACUUUGGAUUGACAUGAAUGAAGUAUCCAAUUUUGUCAAAGGAUCAAAAACUGGUUGUGCAACAAACAAUUUAAACUACCCACCUUUUACUCCAAAAAUUCUGGAUGGAGUUAUGUAUUCAAAGACACUUUGUAUGGAUGCAGUCCAAAAGGCAGGGAAACACUAUGAUGUUCACAGCCUCUAUGGCUAUUUCAUGUCUAUAGCUACUGAUAAAGCACUCAAGACUAUUUUCCGUGAUAGUAGAAGCUUCCUCCUUUCCCGAUCAACAUUUUCUGGUUCUGGAAAAUUCACAGGACAUUGGCUGGGAGAUAAUUUUGCAACUUGGAAUGAUAUUAAAUGGUCUAUACCAGGAAUAUUAGAAUUUGGUCUAUUCGGAUAUCCUUUUAUUGGAGCAGAUAUUUGUGGCUUCAUUGAAAAUGUUUCAGAAGAACUUUGUAGACGAUGGUUGCAACUUGGAGCAUUUUAUCCAUUUUCUAGGAACCAUAAUGCUGCUGCACAUGCCCCUAAAGAUCCAGCACAUUUUGGACACAACUCACUUUUGGUGAAUUCAACAAAACACUACCUGACAAUACGUUAUACUUUAUUGCCAUAUCUCUAUACCCUGUUUUAUAAAGCACAUGCUCGGGGAGAGACAGUUGCAAGACCUGUUCUACAUGAAUUCUACUCCGAUGAAGCCACCUGGACUAUAGACAGACAAUUCUUGUGGGGACCUGGACUACUUAUUACUCCAGUCUUAGAUCCGGGUGUUGAUAAGGUAACAGCAUACAUCCCUGAUGCUGUGUGGUAUGAAUAUGAGAUGGGUAUAAAAGCACCUUGCAGAAAACAAGAGUGUCAAAUGUUCCUUCCAAAAAACAAAAUUGGACUUCAUCUUAGAGGAGGAUACAUCUUUCCUAUUCAAGAACCAGCCAACACAACUGUUUACAGCCGUACAAAGCCUAUGGGACUUAUAAUUGCUUUAGAUGAGAAUGGAGAAGCAACUGGAGACUUAUUCUGGGAUGAUGGAGUAACAAGAGAUACAGUCAGAAAUGAAAAGUAUCUCUUAUAUAACUUUACUGUCACAAAUAAAGUCUUAACUAUGGCAGUUAUACGUAAAGGCUACAUAGAUCCAAAUAAUCUGAUAUUUGAGAACAUCAAGAUUCUUGGGCUACCCCUUGAGCCUUCAGAUAUCAAAGUAACUUCAAACAAUGUGGUUCAAUCAUAUAAUUUGACUGUCAAGUACAAUGCUGCAGACAAGGUUGCUCACAUAACUGGUCUUCAUCUUAAAUUGGGGGAAGAACAUACAAUAUCCUGGAAGCAGACUUUAAGAGAUAUUGACAGAUUUGAUUGUCAUCCUGAAGAACAUGCGUCAAAAGAAAAAUGUGAAGCUCUUCGCUGCAUAUGGAAACCUUCUCCUGUUGCUGACGUUCCAUAUUGCUACUAUCCUCCUGAGAAUGGUUACACAGUUGACCAAAUUGAAUAUACAUCAUCUGGUUUAACAGCCAAUCUUGGUGGAAACAUUGACUCUAUUAGACUUUCAGGACGGCAAAUCCCUCUCAUUGACAAACUUCGUUUGGAAGUAAAAUAUCAUGACAAUAACAUGCUUCAAUUUAAGAUUUAUGAUUAUAGUAAGAAGAGAUUUGAAGUUCCAGUGCCUCUGAAUCUUCCCCAAACACCUGUAAGUACUUUGGAAAACUGUCUCUAUGAAGUGUCAAUUCAGAACCACCCAUUCGGAAUUCAAGUUCGGCGCAAAAGCACUGGGACAGUCCUGUGGGAUUCCCAGUUACCUGGCUUCACCUUCAGUGAUAUGUUCAUUCAGAUUUCAACUCGCCUACCUUCAGAGUUUGUAUAUGGGUUUGGGGAAACAGAGCAUAAACAAUUCCGGCAUGAAAUGAAUUGGAAAACCUGGCCAAUGUUUGCAAGGGAUCAGCCUCCUGGAUAUAAAUUUAACACUUACGGAGUUCAACCUUUUUAUAUGGGCUUGGAAGAGGAUGGCAAUGCUCAUGGAGUCCUAUUGCUGAACAGUAACGGAAUGGAGGUAAAAUUCCAGCCGACUCCUGCUUUAACUUACCGUACAAUUGGAGGAAUUUUGGACUUUUAUAUGGUUUUGGGCCCAACUCCAGAACAAGUCAUUCAAGAAUAUACUGCACUUGUUGGACGUCCGGUUUUACCUCCAUAUUGGGGUUUGGGAUUCCAGUUGUGUCGAUAUGGAUACAAAGAUGAUGCAGAAAUAUCUGAAUUGUAUGAUAACAUGAAAGCAGCUAAUAUCUCAUAUGAUGUACAAUAUGCUGAUAUUGACUACAUGGAACGGCAGUUGGAUUUCACUUUAAGUCCCAAUUUUACAAAUCUUCCAGCUCUGAUUAACAGAAUAAAAAAGGAUGGAAUGAGAUUUGUCAUCAUUUUGGAUCCAGCCAUCUCAGGGAAUGAAACUAAUUAUCCUGCUUUCACAAGAGGACUUCGGGAUGAUGUUUUCAUUAAGUGGCCUAAUAGCAGUGAUAUUAUGUGGGGAAAGGUAUGGCCAUAUCUUCCUAAUAUUUUUAUAAAUUCAUCAUUCAACUGGGAUGAUAAAGUGAAAUUUUAUAGUGCCUGGACUGCUUUCCCAGAUUUUUUUCGGAAAUCUACAGCUCAGUGGUGGAAAAAAGAAAUUGAAGAAGUCUACAAUAACCCCACCGAUCAAUCACAAAGCAUCAAGUUUGAUGGCCUGUGGAUUGAUAUGAAUGAACCUGCAAGUUUUGUCAAUGGUGCAGUUACUGGUUGUAGGAGCUCUGAACUAAAUAAUCCAAUAUAUAUGCCAGCCAUUCUGGGAAAACAUGUGGGACUGAAUGAGAAAACCAUAUGUAUGGAAAGUGAACAAAUUCUGCCUGAUGGAAGCCCAGUUCGACAUUAUGAUGUCCACAAUUUAUAUGGGUGGUCACAAACUAAGCCUACCUAUGAGGCUCUGCAUAGUAUCACAGGGGAACGUGGCAUUAUCAUUUCUCGUUCAACGUAUCCAUCGAGUGGCAAAUGGGCAGGGCAUUGGUUAGGUGAUAACUUUUCAAAAUGGGACCAACUUUACAAAUCCAUAAUUGGUAUGAUGGAAUUUAGCCUUUUUGGAAUAUCCUACACUGGGGCAGAUAUCUGUGGCUUCAAUGACAAUACAACAUAUGAAAUGUGUGCUCGUUGGAUGCAGUUGGGUGCCUUUUAUCCAUAUUCCAGAAAUCAUAAUGGCAUUGGAUUUAUAAGGCAAGAUCCUGUAGCUUUUAAUAAGGAAUUUGAAGACAUAUCCAGGAACGUGCUCAAUACCAGAUAUACUUUGCUUCCAUAUCUGUACACACUAAUGUAUGAGGCCCAUGCCCAUGGUAGCACUGUUGUGCGCCCUUUACUUCAUGAAUUUACCGAUGAUAAAACAACAUGGAGUAUACAUGAGCAGUUUCUCUGGGGACCUGCAUUGCUCAUUAGUCCUGCACUACAUGAAAACGUUACAGAAGUGGAAGCUUACUUUCCAGAUGCCCGCUGGUAUGAUUAUUACACAGAGGAAAACAUUGGCACAAGGCGACAGCAGAGAAGAUUGCCAACUCCUCUUGAUCACAUCAAUCUUCAUCUCAGAGGUGGCUAUAUUAUCCCAUGGCAGCUACCUGGUUUAAACACCAACAUCAGUCGAAAAAAUUUAAUGGGACUUACAGUUGCUUUGGAUGAUAAUGGGGCUGCUCAAGGACUUCUUUAUUGGGAUGAUGGAACAACAAUUGAUGCAUAUGAGAAAGGACUUUACCUCCUACACACGUUUAAUGUCAGUCAGAAUGUCUUGGAUAUCAGAAUUGCCCAUCAAGGAUUUUUUGACCCAAAUAACUUAAAGUUUGGUGAAGUAAAAGUCUUAGGGGCCCAAUUCAACUCCUCUCAAAGUGUGGUUGUACUUCAGAAUGAUGCAAUCAUUCCAUCUCCUCACAAAGUGAUGUAUAACUCUACAAAUCAGGCAAUGCACAUUACAGAUCUUCACCUUUUCCUGGGCCAAGCUUAUGCGCUACGAUGGAACUAGCAUCUCUUAUGCGACACAGAGAAACACUUUUGUCAUCUGUACUUAUCACAAGUUUAUCAUUUCUUAAAGAUGAUCAAGAGUUCAACUUUUUAUGCUUUCAGAAUACAACUAUUCUGGAAAACAGUGAUAACCAUAGAAUGACUCCAUUACUGAGUAGUUUUGACUUUACAUGUUUCAAUAAUCAAAGGGAAGAAGUCCAUACUUCAUUCAAGAUUCAUCUGUAGUGUAACUUGUUCAACCCAAUGCUGACAAAAUGUUGAUAAACUUCACCUCAACAUCAACUUUAAUCAUUGCAUAAAUGGUCCAUUGCGAUUCCUGUUCAGCACUUUAAAAUCAAGAGCCUUGAUAGUACAAUGGUUUAGUGCACCCUGUUAUUAACACAGCUGCCUGCAAUUUCUGCUGGUUCGAAUCUCUCCAAGGCUCAAGGUUGACUCAGUCUUCCAUCCUUUCUAAGGUAGGUGAAAUGAGGACCCAGUUUGUGGGGGCAAUAAGCUGACUUUGUAUAAAAUAUACAAAAGAAUGAAGGCUAUUGCUUAACGCAUUGUAAGCCGCCCUGAGUCUCCGGAGAAGGGCGGCAUAUAAAUCAAAUUUUAAAAAAAAAAAUGUAUGAAAAUCCUUGUGAGUUUUAAAUGAUCUUCUCAGUGAAGACUCCAACAAUAAGUAAUUUCUGAAUUUAAAAAAAAAAAGGUUUUCUGAAUGGAAAACCAAUUUAUGUUCUAUAUUUGUUAAUGGUGCAUUAGAAGUGCCAGUCUUUGCAUUGGGCAUAACUUGGUAUAUUCACUAUUCAUAAGGUCUGGUGAAUGACUGCUAUUGGACUGUAUUAUUGUAAUUUGAGUAAAAGUCAAUAUUGGAACCAGAGCUCUUUUCUUGUAUUAUUUUUCAUUAAAUACAUUGUAUGAGUAAGAUUUGAAGAUUCAGUUAAGCCUUAACAGCUUAUUCCUAAAGAGAUCUGUUAUCCCAUCAUUUGCUCAGCUUGUAAAGAAUCACUCAGUGUUUUUGUGGUCAAAUAUUUCAUUUUGGAUCAAAAAAACAAACCGCUUUUAAAAAUUAUGGCUGCCUAUGGGAGGAUUAAGGGAAUUGCUCCUUAUGUCAGUAGUUAGCUGAGGAUGCCUCCAUGCAUAUUUGAAUUCAAUGGAACUUAGUUCCACAUAAUUAAAAUUCAAUUCUUCACACACCUAUCUGGAAGAAAAUCCUGAUAAGAUGAGAAUAACUUUUGAAAAAUGCAUUUGGCUUGUCUUUAAGAUACUGUUUUAUGUCAUACAUUUAUUUUUUUUCUCAGUUUAUCAAUUAAGUAAUUCCUAUCAUUUUACUGUUUGUGUGUGAUAGAGCUAAAUUUAAAUAUCUUUUGGUUUAGCUGAUUUUGAAGGAGAAGUUGGAAUAUUUCCUUUAAUUAUGUCAUUAAAAUCAAAUUGGUCUAUAUUUUUCAGCUGCAAUUAAAGGUAAAACUAUUUAA